AUGAAAACAUGGGUUAUCGACUAUGCUGAAUCUCGUGACAAUCAUAGUAAUCAUCACAUUCCCAAAACUAAUAAAGUUGUACCAUCAUCAGCCAUCAAUAAACCACGUGAUACGAAUGCUCUGAAAAAAUGUUGUAGUACAGUUAGUUCAUAUUUUGGUGAUCCAGAUGUAACAAUAAAUCGUGAUAAACAAAUCAUUAUUCCAUAUGGGGUUGUGGUAAAAGGUGGUGAUAUUCCAUUAAUGGAUGAUUACAUAUGGGACUGGAUAUUGAGUCAUCAAGAGCUUGUGUUUGCACGAACAUCGCCAGAACGUGAAUUUCAAAUUGUUAUGCAGUGUCAACGACGUGGUGAAAUUGUAGCCGUUAUAGGUGAUGGUACAAAUGAUUCGCCAGCUUUAAAAAAAGCUGAUCUCGGUAUAGCUAUACAAGCUGGAACGGAUGUUUCAAAAGAAUCAAGUGAUUUGAUUCUGUUAGAUAACAACUUCUCGUCAAUCAUACAGGCAAUUGAAACAGGAAGAUUAUUAAGUGAUAAUCUCAAGAAAGUAGCUGUCUAUCUUAUUCCUGGAGGUUCAUUUGCCGAAGUUAUUUCUGUACUUUUUAACAUAUGGUUAGGAGCAUCUUUAGCAUUAUCAGCAUUUCUUGCAACUGUUUUUUGUAUGCUGAAUGAAGUGUUUAUGUCGUUGGCAAUGGUUAGCGAAAAGGCUGAAAAAGAUAUAGUGAAACGCCCACCAGCUAUUCGAAAUAAACAUCAUUUGUUAAACUGA